AUGCAAAGCAGGCAGCAGCAAAAGCCAGGCUACGAUGGCAUCUGCAACUACGCCCAAAAGAUCACCUCCUGCUUCGGACUGGACGAAGUUUUGUACCUUAUUCCGAAGCAAUACCUGGAGCAGAUGCCAUACCUCAACCCCAAUGACUACUACCUGAGCGAGAGGCUGCAUGAAGUGUCUACAGUGGUGGGUGGGUGUGGGGGGGUGGUAGUGUAUGGAGGGUUUGGUAGUUUUGUGAGUUUUUGGUGGUUGGGUUGGGGGGGGGGGGAUUGUGGUUAUUGGUUUGUUGGGGUGGUUGUGGGUUAUAUUGUGGGUGUUUGGUUUGGGGUGUGUGGUUGUUGUGUGGUGGUGUUGUGUAUUGUUUGGUUGGUGUUGUGUUGUUUGGGGGGGGGGGUUGGGGUGGGGUGGGGUGGGUGGGAUUUUUGUUUGGUGGGGGGGGGGUUGUGUGUGGUGGUGGGUAUUAGAGUGUGGUUGGGUGGUGUUUGUUGGGGGGGUUUGUGUUGUUGGUGUUGGGGGGUGUGGUGUGGGUGGUGUGGUUGUGGGUGUGGGGUGGUGUUGGGUGGUGUGGUGGUGUUUGGUGGGGUGUGUGGUGGGGUUGUGGGUGUGGGUGUGGUGGUUUGGGGGGUUUGGGUGUUGGGGGUGGUUGGGGGGUUGGGUGUUUGGGUUGUUUGUGGUGGGUGGGUGUUUGUUGGUGGGGUGGUUGGUGGUGUGUGGGUGGUUGGGUUGUUGUGGGGGUUGGGUUUUGUUGUGGGUUUGUGUUGGUGUGGGUUUUGGGGGGGGGGGGUGGUGUGGGGGGGUUUGGGGGGGGUGGGGGUUGUGUGGGGGGGGGGGUGGGUGGGUGUUGGUUUUGGGUGGGGUGGGGGUGGGGGUGUGGUGGGGUGUGGUUGUGUUGGUUGGGGGGGUGGUUUUGGGUUGUGUUAUUGGUUGGGGUGGUGUUGGGUGUGGUUGGUGGGGUGGGUUGGGGUGUUGUUGGUUGGGGGGUUGUGUGGGUGUGUUUUGUUGGUUGUGUUGUGGGGGGUGGGUGGUGUGGUGUGGUGUGGGUUUUGGUGUGUGUGGGGGUGGUUUGUUGGGUUUGGGUGUUUGUGUGGGGUUUGUUUUGGUGGUGGGUGGUGGUGUGAGGGUUGUGUGGUUUGUUCUGUGUGGGUGGGUGGUGGGGGGGUGGGGGGGGUUGGUGGUGGUUGGGGGGGUUGUUGGGGGGGUUUGGUUGUGGUUUGUGGGGUGGGGUGUGUUGGUGUUGGGGGGGGUUGGGGGGGUUUUGGUGGGGUGGGGGUUUGUUUGUUAGGUUGGUUGUUGUGGGUGUGUUGGGGUUUGGUGGGGUGGUGGGGGGGUUGUGUGUUGUGGUUGGGUGUGUGGUGGUGUUGUGGUGUGGUGGUUAGUGUCGUGGCAUCAUUCUUUUAG